CUAAGUUUGUUACCUAAGGCACUCUCGGUUUCGAACGAUCCCUUUUCCUAAAGCGCCAGACGCGUUCGAGCCGCAGUCGAUUUGUCGCGCGCGUGCUGGCCGGUUGUACGCAGACAAUUUGUUUUUUUUUAAUCGCGUGCGUGUGUGUGAAUUGUGGAUUAUUUAAAAGUGUUCUUUUAAAGAUACUUUAAUCAACAGAGGCAGGAAACACUAAAGCUCAGCGCACACUGGCUCGUCUACAAUCAUGUGGGCGCGAGUGUGGAUGGCGCUGACCAUAUCCGGCGCGUGCGCACAGACUACGCACACGAAAAUCCAGCAAAAUGGAGUGGGCUACGAGUGGGGCUGGCAGCUGACGCCGCAGGGAGAUGGCACCGCGGGGCACUAUUAUGUCAAACUGCCACAGAACGAGCAAGAAGUUCGCUACGUGGCCGACGACACCGGUUACCACGGGGCAGUAUCCGUGAACACUGGUACCCAUACCGCGAGUAUCGCGCUUGGGGAGCGCGCGAUUCAGUUCUCCAAUACACAGUUGCCGCUAACAACACAGCUGUACCAAGUAUCGCCGUCCAACGACAAUCAAACCCAAGCGCCCGUAACCUCCCCACAGCCCGUCGAGAUCUUCCUCCUGCAGCAGCAGUUCCCGUCUGACCAAGAGUUCCCGCAAGCAAACGUCCAGUACACACUACCAAACUACUACUACAACAACAAUAUAGCCACCCCUGCCUACUACAACAUACAAACUCUACACCCCAUCCAACUCAACGAACAAAUCACUGACAAAGUAACGAACUUCGAGACGAAGCAAAGUGAACGCUCUAAACCUCUUCAAAACAAAGAGGAUAAUGCUGAGCAAGAUCAUGAACAUCUAACAACCAAUGUUGUUCAAGUGUUCAAAGAUCACAAUUGCACUAACGAAGAAGAAAUACCUGAAGAACAUGAAGACAACUCACAGAAACCUACUCGUGUCUAUGCUGAAACUCCUACGUUCGACAUCCGUAAUAUUAAUGGAAAUUAUGGUAUUAGAAGUACAGAGAAACCGCUGACUUAUCGAGGAGCUGUUCAUUUCAAAGUUGAGGCUCCUCGAGGCAAUGCAAGAAGUGAAAGGUAUUAUUACAAUGAAGUAGCAUCUACAACGAUUCGUAGUAUUACAACAGAAGAUGAUCGAAUUUCAAGACUCGUAGCUUCGACACAGGAUAUAAUAUCAAAUGAAGAUUUACUCAAAAUAAAUCAUGCUGCUGAAAAGCAAACGAAUGUACAUAAUGAUGAUAUCAUCAAACCUAAACCAAGAUUCAGCUUAAAAGCAGAACAAACUCGGUAUGAUCAUUAUUCCACGGUGUCACCAAAUACCCAAAGAAACAGGAUUCCUGAAGAAAGUCGAUACGACCACUAUUCCACUGUAUCGCCAAAUAUUCAAAGAAACAAAAUUGUUGAAGAAUCUCAAUAUGAUCACUACUCAACGGUAUCACCAAACACUCAAAGAAAUCAUUUCAAUGAAGAUACUCGAUAUGAUCAUUAUUCUACUGCCCAGCCAAAUACUCCACGAAACGCCAACCCUGAACAAAAUCAAUAUGACAACUACUCGAAUGUUCCAUCUAAAACUGCAAGAAGCAGAAUCACAGUCAGAGCUAAAAUACAAAAUAUUGUUGACAGUGAAAUAGAGCACUUAGAGAAUGACCAGAAAAAAGAGAAUGUUCUAAAAACAAAUGCAAACGAAUACAAGUUCGCCUCCCCUAUUGUUGUUCAAGAUUCUACUCUUGAUACUUUCAAAGAUCAAAUUGUUAACAAUUUAGUUUCGACUAUGGUUCCGUACUUGCAAGAAGGCUACGAGAUCGUUGGAGUGAGAAACAGCCUUGAUGAGAAUUUAACUAAUAGUGAAGACGGUCAAAACAGACAAUCUCCUUCUGAAAACCUAGUCAAUGUAACACCACGACCUGUAAGUCAGAAGUAUCUCGCUCCUAUCACCGUUGCUUUAAGGCUUUUCAAUGCAAAUGACUCUGGAACAUUUAAUACUGUAGAUGAUCAUGAAGUUUCAGACAGUGAAGUUGUUACAGACACAGUGAAAAGCCCUCACAGAGAAAAGACUAUCGUAGAAAUUCAGCAAUCCAUACCUUUGAGCAUUACUCACAUAAAUGAUGUUGAAGUCCAAGAUCAUUUAGAUGAAGUAUGUAAUGAUAAGGGACCAUUAGACUUGGCUAAGUCUUUGUAUCAUACUUAUGUUGACGCUUUGAGGUCGUAUGGACAGAAGAACAACCGAAAUAACGCUAAUGCAAUUACUGAUCAGCAGAAUGAUUCCAGAGAACAAUUAGAACCAAGUGAAAAUAUUCAGACUGAGGUCGAAAUCAGACCAAAUGGAGACAGCAAUGAGAGGAAUGAAUACGCCAGGCCUUAUGACUACUCUUAUAGCGUAGACCAAGAUCAUCCAAUUAUACAACCGAUCAUUAUUGAAAAGGAAGUCCCGGUCACGAAAUUCGUUGACAGAUUUAUAGAAAAAGAAGUACCGUAUCCAGAGAAAGUUGAGGUUGUAAAACAUGUGCCGGUGGAUAGGCCAGUAGCUGUACCGGUACCAUAUGAGAAAAUAGUUGAUAGACCAGUUGAAGUCACCCGUUUCGUUGAUAAACCUUAUCCGGUUGAGGUACCGCAUUUAUAUCCGGUACAGGUACCCUAUCCGGUUGAGCACAAGAUUUAUGUUGACCGACCCGUACAUAUUCCUUAUCCUGUAGAGAAGAUCGUCGAAAAACAAGUUCUUCAUCAAGUCCCGGUACCUACGCCGGUAGCCGUGCCAGUAGAAGUCCCUGUAGAAAAGAAGGUCUUGUACCCCGUCCCGAUAGAACACAGAAUCCCAUACCCAGUGCCGGUAGAAAAACCAGUGACCAUUGAGAAAAUAGUGCACAAAGAAGUACCCGUUCCGUAUGAAGUUGAAAGGCGGGUACCCUACCCGGUACAUUACGAGACUAAAGUACCCGUCCCUUAUCCGGUAGAAAAGAGAAUACCGGUCCCAGUCGACAGGGUUGUCGAAAAACCGGUAACAGUUACGAAAUAUGUUGAAAAACCGGUACACAUUGAAGUACCGGUUCCUCAACCAGUACCGGUUGCAGUACAUGUUCCUCAACCUUAUCCCGUUGAAAAAAUUGUAGAGAAAAAAGUGCCUUACCCGGUCCCGGUUGACAGGAUUGUUGAGAAAAAGAUACCAUACCAAGUACCAUACGCAGUUGAAAAGGUGGUUGAGAAAAUUGUAGAAAGGCCCGUAGUUGUAACUAAAUACGUUGACAAACCUUACCCAGUUGAAAAGCACGUGCCGUAUCCAGUUGAAAAGAUUGUGGAGAAAAAGGUGCCUUACCCAGUUGAAGUGCCCGUGCAUGUUAAGGUUCCUUACCCGGUGGAGAAGAAGGUUGAAAGGCCAGUGUACGUGCCUAUUCGAGUGCCAUACCAUUUUGAAAAGCCUCAAGAUUAUUACACCUACGCGCACGGCGUUGAACAGACAAGACAUGUACCCCGAUAUCAGUAUGCCGAACAGCGUAAGCAAGCGAGUCCAGCGCCAAGUUUAAACCUAAACGAAAUACAACAUAAUAUCGACCAGAAGGCUCAACAGUCUUACGCUGCUCAGUAUAACCAAUACGUCAAAGAUUUAAAAGAAAGAAAACCCGCUUCUGUGCAGACAACACACUGGGGGAAUCUUUACGCGUCGUCAUACCAGUACAUCAACAAUACACCCAAGUUUGAACUCAAAAAGAACCCAGCUCUAACCAACUACAUUCAAUAUUUAACCAACAAUAAUAAUAGACAAAAUGAUUACUACGGUCCGCCCCCGGUUCGCAAUGAACACCAUUGGGCUCAGCCCACUCAACAGAAUAAUAACUAUUUUCUACCAAAUGCUGAACUACUGAAACUGCGAAGAGCGGACAGGACGCCGAAGGUAUCUAAUCUAAGGAUAGAAUAUGGAUUUAAGCCUCCACUGAUCCCUAGUACUGAGAUUGAUCUAGACGGUUUCCCAGUUAAGAAAGAUUAGAAUUAAUGUCUGAAGAAAUGUUACCCAACGUAAGCUAGUGUCUGGUUAAAGAGAAUUGAACCAAAAAAGUUGGGUGAAAGUGAUAGAAAUAAAUCAGAUUAUAUAUAUGGUUCUUGAAAAUAAUAUAACAUAUUCAGUCCAUCCAAGAUCGAAAACGCAGUGUGACUCUGUCGCGCCACUACAUAUAGGGAGAUACGCUUACGAAGCG